GCUUGUGUUGUGCUGAAACGUUUGAACUCGGUGUAAGCAAAGAAGUUUUCAUCAUGUCUGUAAUAGAAAACCCCAAUGCUGAAACCUCUGUAGAAGCCGAUAACUCUGAAACCAAAGAAGACGAUGAUGGAAAUAGUAGCAUAGGUGAAUACAUUGACAGUCCUGAGAAUGAAAUUCCUGAAGAACAUGCUCAAGUACGUAGCCCCACACCUCAAGAAGGAAAGCCUUUUACUGCAAUGGAAGGUGAAUUAGACUUUGAAGAUGAAGUAAAUAAUGAGGAUAAAAGAAAAGAUAGCCUUGAAAACUCGGAAUUGGAGAAUGCAGAAGUUAAAGAUAAAUUAGAUUCACAAGCUGAUGAUGCAGAAGAACCAUCAACUGAAAAUGCAGAAGAAGGCGAGGAAACGAAAAAGGAAAAGUUGGAUGAAUCAAUAGAAGAAGGUGAAGAUGAUGGUGAAAUUACAGAUGAUGAUGAUCUUGAAGAAGGGGAAGUGAAAGAUGUUACACCGGCUCCAAAGCAGCAAACUCGUCAAGCAGCUGUCUGUCGAUUUUUCAAUCGAGGCCAAUGUACUUGGGGUAGCAGUUGUCGUUUUUUGCAUUUAAGUGUGAGUGAAAGAGGAAACUACAAUAUGUUUGGUCCACCAGCAAGGUAUCCACCAUAUGUUGCUUCAAAUGUUUCACCAAAUAUUCAAAUAGUUCCCCAACGAUCUGGCAAUCGCCCUGCACCAGAUUUUAUGCCAGGACCUCCUCCACCCAUGCCUCCACCUGUAGAACCUAGUCCUGUGGAAACUGCUUGGGAAAGGGGUCUAAGACAGGCAAAAGAAUUGGUGAAAAAAGCAAAUAAAAGAAAGGAAGAAGAGCCUGAUUUUGAAGAUAAACGACUUAAUUUGAGUAUAGAUAUCAAUGAGAAAAAUUCUCCUGAUUAUGACAAAGAAAACGAAUACUUUGACAAGCCAUACAAAAGGCAAAAUGAUAUGCAUUCAUAUAAAUAUGAUGAAAGUGAUCCAUUUGACAAUGAAGACAGAACAGCUAGAGAACAUUGGAGGGGAGGCAGAUAUGAAAAUUUUGAAAUAAGGUGGACUAGAGAUGACAUUGGAGAUCAGCGCAGAGAAAGGUCCAGAGGGAGAAGAGUUUCAGUUGACAGAGAAAGAGAUAAGUUCUCGAAGCAUGGGAGAAAUAAAGAACGAUGGAGAGAUGAUCGCCUAUUUGAAGUUCAACACAGUGGCAAUAGAACUAGAGCUGAUGAUUGGGUUGAUCCUUGGAGGAGAUCAAAGACACCCAAAACUGGGGGUAGACAAACUCGCUCUAGGUCUGGCUCAUAUUCAUCAGUUUCAAGUUACUCAUAUUCUGACAGGUCGUCUAGAUCUUCAUAUAGUUAUUCACGUAGCUCAUCAAGUUCUCGGAGCUCCAGGAGCCCAUCUGUUUUACAAAAAAGGAAGGUUUCACCCCCAGCUGAAAAUCUCUCCCCCAAAGGAGGUUCCAACAGAUUUAGCACUGUUAAAAAGAAGUCAGGCCCUAGAUCAAGCUCUUCAAGGUCUUUAUCUAGGACUCCUUCUGUUUCAAGAUCGCGUUCAUAUUCUCGAAGUUUAAGUAUGGAUAGUGUGUCUUCUGCUUCGAGUAGUGUCUCACAUUCAUCUUCAGCUUCUGAAUCAAUAGGAAUUCGUAAUGCUCAUCCGUCUAUUCUCAGAAGAAGUGAUAAACCUUCAAUAGAGAAAAGUGAUUCGAAACGUGGUACGACAAGUCUUUAUGAAGAAAUGCAAAAGCAUGUUCCACAGCAAGAAAGUCUAAAGCGGAAAGGUGAUAAACUUUCAGUAGAGAAAAGUGAUUCGAAACGUGGUACAACAAGUCUUUAUGAAGAAAUGCAAAGGCAUGUUCAACGUCAAGAAAACCUAAGGCGAAAAGGUGACAAGCCUUCAACAGAGAAAAGUGAUUCAAAAGGUGGAACAAACAGUCUUUAUGAAGAAAUCCAGAGGUAUGCUCGACAUGACAAGGCGAACAAUUCCCUUAGCACGAAUGAACGUGAAAUGAAUUCUGCGCCAGCACCAGAAUCAACUGCGCCAGAAAUGACUGGUGUGCCUAGUAUUCAUCACCUUCUGCCAUCUAUGGACAAAAAAGAACCUGUUAAAGGAUUACACAAGCAGCAAAUUAAAUUAACUCUACUAAAUAAGCCACCACCAGCUAAACUAAUGAAUUUUCCGAAGAAAGAAAUUGAAAGCAUUAAAAAUGAAUCUUCAAAAAUCGAUACACCAACCCAAUCUGGCACAAAAAGACCCCUUUCUCCUUCACCUGUGGCAAGUGCUAAAGUGGCAGCAACUCCCACAACUCCUAAAAAAUCCGCCAGCUCUCGUAGAGACGAACUUUUAAAACAACUGAAAGCAGUUGAAGAUGCUAUUGCAAGAAAAAGAGCAAAGAUUUGUUGAAAAUUAUUUUUUUGUAAAUUUUUUGUUUUUUGGCCAACUAGCUGACAUUUUCACAAAAUAUUUGUUGGCAAACAUCAUAUGUUAACAUUUGACGGAAAGUCGAAUGACAGAUUGUCUCAUCGCUCAUCUUUUAUGCAUAUUCUUUUAUUAAUAAAUGUUUCUUGUACAUUAUGUAAGCCAUGUUUCAAUAGGUGUAUGGCAUGACACGAAAAAUAUUUAAUAAAAUGUGGUUUUCUUUGAUAGUGUUGAUGUAAUUAUCCAUAAAACCUGUCAAAACUUGUUUUAAUUCCCUUUUACUGAUCAGUAUUUCCCCUCCCCCUUUUUUUAAAUAUUUUGUUGCAAAUGUCAAUGCAAAAUUUUAAUUGUUAUUUAUAUAUGUUGCAAUAUUCGUUUAAGCGUUUAAUAAGUAAAUCUUUGAAAGAUGUAAACAUAAUGGAAAAGUUAUUUUGCUUUUUUUCAUUGAAAUAUGCUUUUGAAUAGUUAAGAAAUUCUUAGAAAUAAACUUUUAAAAUUUACUAAGCUAUAAAUAAAUUGCAAAAUUUUUGGUAAGGAAUUAAGUUGAUUAGAUAACUACGUAUAGUUACUCAGAGAGUUGGAAUAUAAUGUUGCGCUUUUAAGCUUGUUUUGUGUAAACAUUCAAAAAUGCUUAUGUUGUAUCUAAAGAAGUGUAUAUUAAAUUGUUUGAUCAAAAGUUAUCGAAACACUUUAAUGAGCUUCGAUAUAUAUAUAUUCAUUACACUAACCAUCAUAAAUAUAUCUUACAUCCAUUUUUAUUUGCCAUUACAACAAACAGUAUGCAUUUUUGCAUCACCCAUAUCUUCUUC